AUGUCUUCCAAGAGUAAGAGUCGAACGGACUUCAUCUGUCGCGUACGAUACCGAAAUACUUUACCUCCGGUCCCGUUCCCGCCAAAGUUAUUAACCAUGCCGUCCUUAAUCGAUCGACACAUACCUUAUAAAACAAACAGCCUUGUGGAACAAACGCCUUACUCAUUAGCGAUGGAAUCGGGAAGCACGGCCCCUUUUGAAAGAUCACUCAUUGAUUAUUUGGAUGUUAUGGAAGUAAAUCCUGACGAAGCUACACAAUUAGAAGAGUACGUUGCAGAAGAAGAUAAAAUUCUGUUAACGACGCCGAGAGAUGAGCAAAGACCGGCCGGAAAAGGGGGACGCAAAACCAACGUCACCUGGUUACGACGAUCAGAGUAUAUUGCUGCGGAUACGCGAACAUCUACCUUGCGACGAGAGGCCAUGGAGCAUAAAUUCGCCAUGUCUGCUCGAGAAGCUGCGAGGAAAAACUAUUCAACGUACGAGGGACAGAUUGUGGGUAUCGAGAAAACGUUCGCCGCCCCUUCACUUACACUACAGCAUCCUCGUACCCGAGCCAAGGCGAAGCGUAUCAUUCCGGUUUUACCUGACAUGACGACGUGGGAGAAUACGUACAUGAUUGGUCAAUUUAAUGGAGAGCCUGCUGAUGAGAAAAGAAUGCAUCGACGGGAAGAGUUGGCGAAGCGUGCGGCUGAAGCACAGCAGGGAACAUCUGGAAUUGGAAAGAAACGACCUUCAGAGGAAGAUGGCACAGAUCGUGGUGUUCUUCAUCCGAUCACAGUCACCGAUCCAGAUGAUCCAGAGGACGAAGGUGACAGUUUCCUCAUUUGGUUCCUGCCUGAUGAACAAAGCACAUCACGUCUAAAGGCGCUCAAGGCCGAUCCAUACCAAGAAUUAAGUGCAGAGCCUUUGACAUAUUAUUCUGUGCGUGAAUACGAGUAUGUGAAUGACAACGCACCACGUUCGCAGCACAUGUUGUUGGCGAUGCACCAAGAAGGCGACGAACAACAAGCAGUCUACAGUCUCGUAAAGAGCAAACUGACAGCCAAGCAAAAGCGCGCCACGAAUAAACGAUUUCGCAAAUUGGAGGAGGAUGAGGGAAAGCCGGAUAUACUCAAAGUUACACUUCAGUAA